UUCUGGUGCGCAUCAAAAGGAAUCGACAAAGUUUGCCGCACUUUCCAGUCCCCCCGCCAGUGUCCUGCAGCGCGUAGAGAGACGUACAUGGUCGAGGAUGAGUGGGCCAGUCAGAGAUGUGAAGGAUUUUUGGUUCAAGCAAUUACGCAAAGUUGAGUUUGGGGAUCCAGGCGUUCCCGGCGAUGCUCGUGUGUCUCUGCUGGCUUGCUCGUCUCUGCACGGCCUGACGUUUGUGGCUACCCGCAUUGGACUGUGUGUCUUUGAGACAGCGGUGCUGGAUGAGGUGAACAAGACUGCCGGCGGUCCCCAGAGCUCCCACGUGGACGCGUCACUGCUGAAGGCCAAAGAGUUUCGCACACCAUCCCUGCCCCUCCACCUCUCCCUUUCCUGUGACUCACUCACUCUCUGCCUGGCCUGGAGAGAUGACUCCAGAAUAUCUCUCAACUUCUUUGAUGUCAGAGCAGUCGUCCAGGCCACUAGCUCAUCGCUGCAGCCAUUCUGCAGUAUAGUCCCAAACACUAUGCAAGGAGCUGGUCUGUGUGGACUGAAGUGGAACCCCACAUCUCCAGACCUGUUAGCCGUCUCUCUCUCUUCCGGGGGAGUCUAUGUACUGGAGGUCAAGGAAGACGUGAAGGUUCUUGCCAGCAAGACUGACAUGGGGGCCACCUCUUGUGAGCUAUGUAACUAUACCUUGUCUCCUUUUGUUGAGAUUGCAUGUAUAGUUUCAACUUUGUGGUUGUGUGCCUUUUCCACUACCCAAGUGUAGUUUUUGCGAGAGGCUAGGAGUAAAAUCACACAGUGCAUUCUCAGCCUCUCCGCCUCUCUUUCUCUGCUGCCUCUCAGUGUGCUGGAGUCCAAAGGGUAAGCAGCUGGCACUGGGACUGAAGAAUGGCAGUGUUGUUCAGUACAACCACAAGACUAGUACACAGAAGUGCCAUGCCUGUCCUGACGCCUUUGGCGGAGAACCCCAGCAAGUUGCUGACCUUCACUGGGUAUCCACGUUCCUGUUUGCUGUUGUCUUCACCCCGGUCUCUGGGUCUGGAGCCCCCUCCUCUCUCUUCCUGUCCACCCCGAAAGAUGGCCCCGUGGCAUGGACCAACUUUGAGGAUGUCUACUAUGGCGGCAGUAACAGAUCUUACCACUUUUACUUCACAUACCUCUCUCCAUGGAACCUGAUGAUGACAUCAUCGGCGAAUAGCAUGGAGACAGUGGUGUUCAGCCAGUUUGGCAGCGGAGGGGCUGACUGGGAGCAGUGGGAGCUAGACGACACCGGCAGGGCUGAGAUACCACUCAAAGAUGGAGAGGACACCCAUGUGGCAGGCAUGGGGCUCAGUCUCUGCUCCACCUGCGAUGUCCAAAUAGACGACAACCUUGCCAUUCCUCCCUCUCCCCUUCUCCUCCUCUACUCGACUGCCGGCGUCCUCUGCCCUUUCUGGCUGGUCCACCGAGACCAGCAGGCUGCGGUUGUGACUCCGCCCACCCCACUGCCAUCUGGUCCACCACGUCUAGCGACACAGCCCCAGCUGCAGUCGGUGGCUCCUGGAACUCAAUUCACUGCUGGAGCCAUUCUGGCCUCAUCUGCUGCCCCAGUCUCCUCUCAGACUCUGCCUGCCACUCCAGCUCCCACCACUGCCUUCCCCCAGCAAGCCCAGUCAACGCCAUUUGGUCAAACAGUUUUUCGACUCCCACCCCCUGCCAGUGGUCAAACACCUAUCACUAGUUCGGUUCGACCCCCACCCCCUGCCAGUACCAUUGCUUUUAGUCAAACACCUACCACUGGUUCGGUUCGACCCCCAGCCCCUGCCGGUACGACUCCAUUUGGUCAAACACCUACCACUGGUUCAGUGUGGCCCCCAGCCCCUGCCAGUACGACUCCAUUUGGUCAAACGCCUACCACUGGUUCAAUUCGACCCCCAGCCCCUGCCAGUACGACUCCAUUUGGUCAAACACCUACCACUAGUUCAAUUCGACCCCCAGCCCCUGCCGGUACGAUUCCAUUUGGUCAAACGCCUACCACUGGUUCAAUUCGACCCCCAGCCCCUGCCAGUACGACUCCAUUUGGUCAAACGCCUACCACUAGUUCAAUUCGACCCCCAGCCCCUGCCAGUACGACUCCAUUUGGUCAAACGCCUACCACUGGUUCAAUUCGACCCCCAGCCCCUGCCAGUACGACUCCAUUUGGUCAAACGCCUACCACUGGUUCAAUUCGACCCCCAGCCCCUGGCAGUACGACUCCAUUUGGUCAAACGCCUACCAUUGGUUCAAUUCGACCCCCAGCCCCUGCCAGUACGACUCCAUUUGGUCAAACGGCUACCAUUGGUUCAAUUCGACCCCCAGCCCCUGCUGGUACGGUUCCAUUUGGUCAAACACCUACCACUGGUUCAAUUCGACUCCCAGCCCCUGCCAGUACGACUCCACUCGGACCAUCAGAUACUUCCAAAAGGAGUUCACUAGGUGUCACAGUGAGACCGGUGCACCCUACAUCUCAGCAGCAACCAGUGUCGGCUCCUGGGACGGUGAGACCUCCUCAACCCACUGCGCACCAGACUUUGCCUCCUGUCUCAGUUACUACUUCUGCUGUACCGCACCUCUCACCUCCUCCUCUUCCUCCCUCAUCCAAAGCCUCUGCCUCAGUGCGCCAGUCAAAGGAUGAUUCUAGGCAGCUGGAGGCUACCUUUUCUGCUCACAUUAGAGAGGAGAUUGACAGGUUUGUGAUGGAACUGGAGGAUUUCAAGGAGAGCGUGGAGGGUGUUCUGGGGGAGGGGUGGGAGGAGGGAGAGAGGGAAAGGGGAGAGGUGGCAGGGCUCGGGAGUGUGCGAGAUGCAGUGGAGGUGAGGGAGGAAGAGGAGGAAGUGGAGAGAGAUGUCCAGGCAGCUGUCAACUGUGUGAAGGAGCUGGCUGAGACGUGUGACCAGCUCAGAGACGAGGUUCUCAGAGGACUGGAGCUGAGUGAGAAGGCCAGGGUGAGUGUGAGGAGGAGAGGAGACAUGGAGCAUGCCUUGCGGCAGAAGGUACGACCGUUGGAUCCCACGAACACCAAGAAACUCAACGACAUUCGUGAGCUCUUUCUGAGAGUGGAUCAGAAGACAGGGGAGGUGAACGGUCAGCUGGAUGCUGAGAUACAGAAGAGGAGAAUGGACUCUCUGCGGGGAGGAAGGUCUGUGCUGAGACCUCCAUCCAUACAGACUGUCUAUGCCAGUCUUAGAGACCACAACAAGAUUAUCAAACUCCAGGAGGAGAGAGCAGCUCAAGUGGUGAGGGACGUGAAGAGGCUGCGGUUCAUUCCAAUGUCAUGGACCCCAGACCAGUGCAGACUCCCUCCACCAGCCAUGCCGACACAACGGCUGACAGAGCAGGGGGGACAUGGAGGGGAAGGGAGAAAAGAUGGAGGUCCUCAACCGGAGAAACUGGAAAAGCUGAGGGAGUACCUGAUGAACAUUGAGAAGACUCCAGUGAGGAGAGUGGGGGCAAGACCACUGCCGUCUGCCACUCCAUCAGUUCUCUCAGUCCAGUCCUCUGGCCGAUCUUCUCCUGCCAGCUCCAUUCCUCACUACCUUGUGUCCGGGAGCAAGCCACAUCUCUAUGAGAAGACCAGGAGCUCCUUGGCUCAUGUGUCAGCCCUGACCCCCCAGGACUCCAGCACAUAUCUCGACUCACAGCCUACACCUGAGACUUCCCGCUCCCCUCCUCCCUCCCCUUCUCCUCAUCCCCCCUCUCUUUCCCCUCAGUCUAUUGCCCCUGCCUCACUUCCACCUCCGUCUUUUGCACCACCUCCUUCUGUAAGCUUUAGCAGUGGCAACACCAUCUCAUGGGGAGUUCCUACCACUGCUGGAGGGGGUGUGGUCAGCUCAGGCCUGAGCGGGGCAGAAGGUCAAGUUAACCUCUCUUCCACCUCGAAACCCGGUGACAGUGGCAGUGGAGUCGUCAUGCCGUUUCCUCUCUCCCUCCUGUCUUCUUCCUCACACCCACCGCCAUCAUCCAGACCAGUGAUCUCUGCCCAAACCCCAGCUGGAAGAUCACCUUUUGCCUCCACACCUCUCACCUCCCAGACUGUGGCGCCUUCACUGUUCAAACCUUCUCUGGCUCACUCUCCUAAGGAAACAGCUCUCUUACUUGGAUAUUCUGGUCAACCCAGCACCAAGCCUCAGGGAACUGUCUUUUCACUUGGAUCUCCUGGUCAACCCAGCACCAAGCCUUUUCCUUCAUCUGCGACUGGUGGAGGCCCUGUCUCUUUUUCUUCCCCAUUCGUGUUUGGAGCCACUUCACAGAGCAGCAUUUUGUCCCUCUCCCAGGUAGCAGGAGGACCAACAUUUUCACCCUCCACCACUUCCUCCAGUCAGCUAAACCAGAGUGUUGGUAGCUCUGUGUCUCCUAACCCUCUGCCCAGCGUUGUUAGUUUCUCUCAGACUGGUGUUGGUAGCAGUCGGAGCAGUGGAAUAGGCACACCUACUACAGUUACUUUACCAGCUCAGUCUUUUGCAUUAGGCUUCAAUACCAGCCAUGCAGUGGUGUCUACCUCACCAUCUUUGGCUACUUUGGCAUCUUCUAAACCACCAGUGUCCACUGUGGUAUCGUCCGCACCACCAGUGUCCACUGUGGUAUCGUCCGCACCACCAGUGUCCACUGUGGUAUCGUCCGCACCUCCAGUGUCCACUGUGGUAUCGUCCACACCACCAGUGUCCACUGUGGUAUCGUCCACAACACCAGUGUCCACUGUGGUAUCGUCCAAACAACCAUUGACUGUGACUAAACUGCCAUUGUUGUCUGGCACACCAUCGGUACCUCCUACAGUAUCUUCCACACCAUCUCAGACUGGUGUUAUGUCGACUGCUCCACUGCCAGCUGGUGAUGGGGACUCCACACCACAGACAACUACGCUGACAUUGACUAAUGCAUCAACCACUCCCUCAGUGGCUCGUGCGGUUCCUCCUGCAACAGUUACCUCUGUUUCCCUACCAUCUGGCCAUCCACAGACCUCCACAGGCACAGACGAGAUUGAAGAUGACAUGGAUCAAGCUGAUGUGGUGUCUCAGUCCCUGGCCCCUGUGUCCUCAGUAGGUGGUGGAGGGUUUUUUGGAGGACUCGGUAGUCUGGGUUUGGGAGGAACACCACGAUCCUCGACUACUGCCAAUCCUUUCGGCUCCUUUACCUCAGGUGUGGAUAGCACUACUCGUGUGAGCUCUGCACAGCUGUUUUCGGGAACUGGAGGACUUGUAACUUCCACUGGUGUUCUGGGAGGCAGUCCAAUUGGCGGUCUUGGAAUUGGCUCACCUGGUGGUUCUGGAAAAGCCCCAUUUACUCUGGGUUCACAACCUCAGUUUGGCCAGGGUCCAAAGUUUGGCCAGGGGUCUGUGUUUGGAGGUGGUGGACCUAGUCUUGGUGGACCUUCCUUAAACCUUGGAGGAAGGUUUGCUUCUGCAGCUGCAAGGAUGGAGGACAUUUCAUUUGGAGCACUAGCCGGCCAAGGAAGUGGUGGGUUUGGCAGUCACCAAGACCUUGGUUUUAGCUCUGGGCCUAGCUUUCCUCCCAGUUCAAUGUCAGGAUCCUCGUUUUCAGGCUGGAGGCAAUGAACAAUGCUAGUGUUACGUAAUAUCUGUAUGCGCAUGCGCGUACACCUAUUUUUCGCGCGUCGGAGUCAUGGCUACCGACCGCGCAUGCAGUCGAUCCCGCGCGGCGGAUGAGCUCGCCAACAAAUUAUGGUAAAGACAAGAACGAUGAUAGCCCACGUGAUUCUUGGGAUAUUAUUGUUUUUUGAGGGGCUGAGUAAAAAAGAGAGUUGUCGCCGCAAGGUUUUGUAUGUUGAUGAAGUAACCCAGGAUUCUGCUGUUUUGUACUGGAGAAGUGAAAGAGCAGGAGAGUCCAAGGUUGUGUGUGCUGGAAUCAGGCAGUACAUGACUCCACUUGGAACAAGAGAAGUGGACCUGGACACUGUGACUCAGUUUCUACCACGAGCAGUUGACAGAGCAUUCCUCAACCAUUUGAAGCCCAACUUCAACUAUUCUUGUUUGGUUCUAGCUAAAGAAAAGACACGCCCACUGCUUUUCUCUACUCAAUAUGCUGCCCCCGAGUCCCCAGAACAACCAGUUGUUUUGUAUGAAAAUGAUGGCAAGCAGAUAGACAUACAACUGUUCCCAACCUCUACAAAAUACGGACCAAUAGAUGGGUACGAGGUCCAGUUCCACAUCAUUGAUGGCCAUACUCUCCACAGCCAUGGCCAGCUGGACCUGCCAGAAGAGAUCACAAGACCCAGAGGACUUCUGGCCACUGUUGAGGCAGCACACUCAUCCACACACCCCGUCCCCUUCUGCCUAGUCUUCAGGAACAGCAGUAGUCUUCCUGCCAGCAUCACUGUCAGCAGGGAUCCACUGCAAGGGGCAGUUCGCAGUGGCACUACAUAUUCUGUCAUCACUGUAGCCUACACUGAGGAGGGACCAGGCCAAAUAUUGUUGUACUCUUUGAGCCCUCCAUCAGAUGCUUUCUCCACACCUGAGGAGCUCCAGUCACCUGCAGUCUCUGGUACUCUGGUAUGGCUUGAGAGGCACCUGCUCAAAUGGAGUAUGUCAGUGGGUGUGGCCAGCUCAAACAUCAUCCUCUUCUAUUUCUUGCUUGUUGGCUGUUGUGUUGCCCCUUUGGGGAGAAGAAAAUGGAGACAGUGGAAAAACAUGUCAUUGGCUAACCCUGAAGAUGAGAGAUCAUUUGUUUGUGUCAAGGAAGAUGAACCACCAAGUGCUACCGUAGCCACUGUCUCCAACAAUGCUGUAUGCUUCACAGAGCAAUCUCACGGAGGACCAGGAGUGGAGGUGCCAGCAUGUGGUAGUGAGAGAGAGGAGAUGACAAUGGACAUGGCAAUGAAAGGAUCCGUUGCUGGAGAAAUACCGACGCCGCAUGCUUCAGAUCAGCAGGGAGAGCCUCCUACUGAGAGCUCCACAAAUCCACGUUCAAGCAGAGGCCAGUGUUCAUCUGGUGGUGAAGAACCAGGAACAAAGGGUUUCAGGGGAGUGAUGAGCAGAGGUAGUGAGCCACUAGUGCCCCAUGGCAGUGGUGUUGGGAUCGUCCAGUCUGUGGAGCAGUCAGCAGAGGCAUCUGGGAGCAGUCUGGUGUUUUAUCCACGUGGUCUGUCACGUGGCUCCCUCUCUCAGGUCACAUCUACUGCAGCUGACAUGGCUCCAGACUUGGAAAUGGAUUUGUAUGGCAUUUCGUACUCGCUAGAUGACAACUGAUCAAUCAGAGUCACCUAUUGGAACUAUUGCAGCCAACAUCGCUGCAUUUGAUUACUGUAAUUGAUCAAAUACAAGUAAUUAUAACCAUCAAAAUGAUAUCAUGGGAUGAAUGCCAAUGUAUAUCACAAAGUUAUUGUGUUUGGCAGUGUUGGUUGCAUUGUUUCGGCAUUGGUAAAAGAUGAACACUAUAGUCAGUGUUGUUGAGGAGCUUGGUGAGACCUUGUUCGAUGCCAGACUGACUCAUCCAGCCAGCUCUGUUCAGGCCGAGAGCAUGACCGACGGCACUCUCGGUGGAGCUGUGGGCACUGUUCACCAGCUGGUAAGUAGAGACUAGCACGCGGAGUUUCUUGAUCUGAGCCAUCGGGAUGGAGUGUGAGCUGUAGCAUGUCACCGUCUCACUGCUGCUGUUGAACUGAAUGCCCAAAGAC